ACCGCAGCGGACGCACCGUGCUUUUCUUUUACCGCGUUUUUCGUUUCCCUUUCGUUCUUUCCGUUUAUGAUUUAAGCCGCCACCAUGUCGAAAGGCGACGGUGAACAGCAAAAUGGAUCGGGCGAGGAGUCUAAAACCAACCUCAUCAUCAACUACCUCCCUCAAAGUAUGACGCAGGAGGAGAUAAGGAGUCUGUUCUCGAGUAUUGGGGAAGUGGAGUCUUGCAAGUUGAUCAGAAACAAAGGGGCCGCGUUCCCGGACGCACUGAAUCACGCGCUGCACGGUGGUGGACAGAGUUUGGGAUACGCGUUCGUUAACUAUCACCGACCGGAGGAUGCUGAGAAGGCUAUUGCCACUCUUAACGGACUGCGGCUGCAGAACAAAACUAUUAAAGUGUCGUACGCGCGGCCCAGCAGCGAAGCCAUCAAAGGAGCCAAUCUAUACGUAUCAGGACUCCCGAAAACAAUGACACAGACCGAGUUGGAGCGGAUGUUCAGUCCGUACGGACGCAUUAUCACAUCGCGGAUUUUGUGCGAGAACUCCGGCGGAAGACCGUUCACGGGCGGCGAGCAGGGCCUCUCCAAGGGAGUGGGCUUCAUCCGCUUCGAUCAGCGUGUGGAGGCGGAACGAGCGAUCCAGGAGCUAAACGGAACGGUGCCCAAAGGUGCGACGGAGCCGAUCACUGUGAAGUUCGCGAACAAUCCGAGCAACAACGGGAAGGCGCUGGCACCGCUGGCCGCGUACCUGCCGGCAGCGCUCCGCUUUCCGGCGCCCCUCGGCCGGUUCAGUUCAGGCAAGUCGUUAUUAGCAAUCAAUAAGGGUCUGCAGCGCUACAGCCCGCUGGCGGGCGAGCUCCUCGGCGGCGUGCUGCCCGGCGCCGUCGGCUCUGAGUGGUGCAUCUUCGUGUACAACCUUGCACCGGAGACAGAAGAGAACGUCCUCUGGCAGCUCUUCGGGCCCUUCGGCGCCGUCCAAAGCGUUAAAGUCAUAAGGGACCUACAGACCAAUAAGUGCAAAGGCUACGGGUUCAUCACGAUGACGAACUACGACGAGGCCGUGGUCGCCAUCCAGUCGCUGAACGGGUACACGCUCGGGAACAGAGUGCUGCAGGUCAGCUUCAAGACCAAUAAGAUCAAGACCAUCUAAAGGGAUCGUCGAGGAUUCGGCCUAGCUGGACGAUAGGACGGCACAGCAGGCGCGCACCCAUACAUAUACAUACAUACACACACACGCAGCAGCGCCGGCCCCGGAGGCGCGGCGGCUGCAGCUCUUGUCGCACGACUUGGACCCGACGUGGAGUAACGUCUUCCGGCGCCACGCUCACCCGUUGUCGCAUCGGACGCGCGACGCCGCGAUGCGACAACGGGUCACGUUUUGUACAUUAAUUAGAAAGUAGCGAAUGUUUUUGACUCGCUCAAUGUGCGGCGACCCUUUGUUCAGCGGCCAUGUUCAUUUACGCGCAUUCAUAGUAGACGGAAUUGGGUUAAGUGUUUGGGGAAAUCAAAAUGGCGGAUUCGCCACCCUCCCGCGGUUUCGGCGCAUGUCCGGAUGGGAUGGCUGUAGCUGAAUGAAAGGCCGCCCCGAGCACGCAAUAAAUUUACACCAAUGUACAGCAUGAGAUGCUGACGGCGAACACUGUCCGCCACCGAAACAGACAUAUGGUCAUAGUCAAUAACAAAAUAAUGAUAUUAAACUUCGCUUAUGAACGGUUGUGGUUAUCGAGAAAUAGUUUUCGGGUAUAAUAAUAAUAAUAAUAAUACUUAUUAGCAAUAAUAACAUUAUGCUGUGCUAUACUCCAAUUUUAUAAGCGAUCAUAUCGUGUUAAGUACGUUAAUGUACGAGUAUAACAUACGUGGUUAAGGAGAUAAUUGGACACAAAUCAAUAAGUAAUAUGCCAAAAUAUAUAUAUGGAAGUAUGUUCAUCUCUGUCGCUCACGUCCGUUAGUUUAGCGAGACAAGAAGACA